CUACUCAGCCAGCUCGAGAUUCACGUCCUCUCACUGCACUCUCUCCGCCCAUAGCCAGAGAAGGCAACAAGUGUCCAACUCCUGGUUGCAAUGGGCAGGGCCACGUUACUGGCCUGUAUACGCACCACCGCAGUUUUGGCGUUGCACGAGACAAUCCUAAAGUGUCCAACGCCGGGGUGCAACGGUCGGGGCCACGUCAGCUCGAACAGAAGCACACACCGCUCGCUCUCAGGCUGUCCAACAGCUGCCGCUCGCAAAGCUGCUGCCCGCUCACAAAGAGGCCGCCCGCCAGUGCAAUUACAAGCACUAGCACCGGCGCCAGUGUCAGUCUCUCUCUCAGUGUCGGUACCGUCCACGCCUACGGACAGCGGGAGUGUUUCCCGCGAACGGGAACGACCGCAGGCGGAAUCGCCGCGGACUCCCCCCGUGAAACGCGAAGCCCCCGAGCUGCUGGUGCCCAAGAGAGAGGCCGCCGAGCCCGAGCGCGACUCUCCCGGGAUGGAGACGCGCCACGCCGGGUACGGCGCGCCACCAGAUCAGAGAUCGCCCUACGAACGACCGCCCGAUGACCAUGUGCGGUCUUACAGUCAAAUGAACGAAGCUCGAUACGGCUACGAAUCUCGAUGCUACGAAGGCGCGCCAGCUUUCGAGCGGUAUGACCCGGCGCAGUGUCCGCAACGACCCUACGGGUGGGAGGAGGAACGUUACCACGACCCUCACCUACCCACGCCCAUGAAAACUGACCAGUCAGAGCAAGAAGCGAGUACUGGACCCAUAUAUCCUAGACCAAUGUACCAUUACGAAGCUGGUGGAGUAGGCGGCGUGAGCGCGAUGGGACCGGGUGUGCCCCCAGGCUUCUCGGCGAUCAAUCUGUCAGUGAAGAUUGCUGCAGCACAGGCGCAGCGACCGCGCAGUCCUACAGGGAGGGAUCCCAGAGAUCCGCGCCCGGCCAUAGAUCUUUCUACCUCUAAUGGUAGUCCACAGGGUCCAUACGCAUCACCGGUGUACACGAGCGCCGGUGGAGGGAGUGUGGGCGGGCCCCGGGGCAGUCCACAGCCCGGCGCCUCGCCUCAGCUCACAGCCAGUCCUCAAGUCCCCAGUCCACAAGGCCAGACUCUCGACCUUAGUGUGUCCCGUUUACCACAUAGUAGAAGUUUUCCUGGCGGCGUUUCCUACAGUCGAGAAUCAACGCCAGACAGUGGUGGAAGCCAUCCUUAUUUAGAAGCAUACCAUAGAGACACUGCUGGUUACGGCGGUGUCAGUCCUCACCCUGUCGCCGGCUACGGUCUCGCGCAACCUGACUACGCCGCGGCAGCGGCAGCCGCAGGUUACGGCGGCUACCAGUACCAGUGCGGCGCGUACCCCCCGCCACCCGCGUACCCGCCGCACGCGCCACCCUACUCCCCGCCCUGCUACAUGCCACCGCCGCACGCACCGCACGACAAACCCAAGGAUAGCAGUUUGUAUAUGUGCAGUCUCUCCGGAUGUCCACGCGCCGACCGCUCGCAGCUCCAGCCCCAUUCGCAGGAGCUCAAAUGCCCCACGCCCGGUUGUGACGGUUCGGGCCACGUCACCGGGAACUACUCCUCACACCGGUCGCUCUCCGGCUGCCCCAGAGCUAACAAACCGAAAAGCAAGCCGAGGGAUGGACAAGACUCGGAGCCUCUUAGAUGCCCAAUACCGGGCUGUGACGGUUCUGGACACGCUACCGGGAAAUUCUUGUCGCAUCGAAGCGCUUCCGGGUGCCCGAUCGCGAACCGCAACAAAAUGCGGGUACUAGAAAGUGGAGGAACAGUGGAACAGCACAAAGCGGCCGUAGCUGCGGCGGCAUCCGCAAUCAAAUUUGACGGCGUAAACUGUCCGACGCCGGGAUGUGAUGGAUCCGGACACUUGAACGGAUCAUUUCUGACACACCGCUCGCUGUCCGGAUGUCCGAUAGCUGGAGCUACAACACCGACACCGCCGAAAAAGCCCAAAUACCCUGACGAUAUCACGCCGCUAUAUCCCAAAUCAUAUUCAGGUACCGAUAUAACCAUGCAAACUGGAAACGGCGAAGAUCUUAUGACAUUGGAACAAGAAAUAACUGAACUUCAACGUGAGAACGCUAAAGUUGAAUCGCAAAUGAUUCGCUUAAAAUCUGAUAUCAAUGCUAUGGAAUCGCAACUCAGCCAUGGAGAAAGAGAGAAUCAACAAAUGCACCACACCAACAAUAAUUUCCACGAAUAUUACAAGGGCCUUUGCAAUAAUGUUAUAACUUUAUUGGAAACCGUUCGGCUUCCUGGUGGAGGCACCGCUCCCGCACCCACUGCUCUAGGAACACCCGGGGCGCCCCCUGCUCCAGGACCCGGGGAGAAACCUCCAUAUGACAACUUUGACUCAUAUCUGACCAAAUUACAGACUCUUUGCUCUCCUGAUGGCUACUGUCCCGAUGAGAAUCGACCAAUCUAUGAAACGGUGAAAAAUGCACUUCAGGACUUCACAGUGCUUCCCACGCCUAUUUAAGUGUCGCCCAGCGCCGCCGAAAACGAGCGACAGUGAUUUCGUUGGCCAUCAUAGAAUCGGCGGAGCUUAUUUGAAAAAGGAAACGCGAGUGCGAAUAAUAUAAACAGUUUAAAAAGCUAUUUACCAAAGGUGAACUAUAAAGACUGUUGACAUUAUAUGUCGAAUCGAAUACAGUGAACAAUGAAAAUCUAGUUGUGUACAGUGUAUUGCCCGUGCGAAGGGUCCUUCGGACGUUAUGUGUUCUAAUUAGAUAAUGAUGUCUAUUUUAUAAAACGUUGUAUACGAUGUGUGACUUUCGUGAGUCAUCGCGUUAAAGUUCGAAAAGUUCGACUAUUUAUCAUUAAGGUGGACUUAAAUUUAAAUGAAUUUUAAACACUGUUACUCGUAUUAUGCUUAUAGUAAGUUAAUGUUAGGGAAAGUUUAUACAAGUGUAUUAAGCGAUUUUAGCCCCACACAACAUACCAAAAGGGAUAUAAUGUGUAAAUAUGUACGUAAUUCACUAACUAGAUUAUGUUAUAGAUACCGGGCUACAAGCCAAAGUAGCCGGUGUUUAGUGAAAAUGUAAGGUCGUUUUGCCGAACAAAGAAUCUUAAAUAGCGAAUAAGAAUGUUAUACCUACUGCGUUUAUGUUCAUACUGGGUAUGUGCCAAAUGCUUCCGCAGGAGCACCCGACCGCUGACGUAUUAAGACUAUUAUUGGUAUAGGAGAAAACGAAACGAAAAUUAACAAACUUUUAGAAGACUCUAGUCACUUUGUAAAUAAAUUGUGAAUAUAUAGUUGUCACGUCGUAAGGACGUUAAUAUUUAUAUUAGAAAAUAAAAGCGAUCUCAUUAGAUCAAGUAAGUUAAAGAAUUCAGUCAUUAAUUGAUAACCAAUUUAGUGUAAAAUUAAUAAUUUCUUUGUUAGCCAAUGUUCACUUGCUGUGAUUAUGUUACAUGUUAUUUAUUGUUACCUUUGAGGAUGUGAUAGCUCAAAUCGAAAUGGAUUAUCGUUAUUUUGCUAUUGUAUAAUUUGACGCGCUUCUCGUAAAUAUGUGCAAUUAUUGUUUCUUACAUAAAUGUAAAAACGAUGCGUAAUAUAGUUUUGUUGUAAAUUAUGUGGAUUCACUGAAAUUAUUUCUCUAAAUCACAUACACAGAUCAAUAAUUAUAUACGCAUUUAAAUAUUAAAACUAUUACUAUGUUACUACUCUGAUUGUCAUACCUAUACGUUU